UCUCCUCCGAUUUUUGGUGUAUUUAGUGUCUCUAAACACGAUUCAUCCAUUCUUCAAGCAAUUAAUCAGCACAAGAAACAGGAAGAGAGCAGUUUUGAAGCCGUCCCUCCUCACCCUAUCUUCUAUUGCUUCCAUCCACGUUCCCUUCCACUAUUACCAUGCCUUUUCCGUCUCCAGAAGCGCACAAAGCUAAGGACAAACGAAGCCAGAGGCAGAGACAGAGCCGGCCGUGAAGGGGAAGAAGAAAAAUACAUAUCUAAAGUGAUGCUUCUCACGUCCCACCACUUCAACCUUCCUUCAAUCCAACUCCAUUCGAGAACAGUCCUUAGGCCCCCUCCAAAUCCAUGCCUUUUUUCCAUGUUGGAGAAGGAGCAGAAGUGCUCGUGUUGUACAAGUACAAUCUUUUUCCAGCCGCUGUUCUAAAAACCCAAUCUUUACCCAGACAUUGUUCUAAAAAUCCAAUUUUCACCCAGACACUGUUCUGAAAAUCCAACCUUUCCUUUUUGUUGAUCUUGUUUUCUUAAUACUGGAACUUGCUGUUCGGCCCACCCCAACCUCCUCCACUUUUAAUCCUCAUAAUACCAAGCUAUGGCUGAAGUGCUCCGGUCCCCUUCCCACUUCGCCUCGUCUCCCAGACGCACCCUUUCUUGCGACCCGAAUGAUGGCUCGAAUGGCCUUUUAAACCCUUCCAAUGGCAUUCGAGGGGGCGGAGAGGAGGAGGAGAAUGAAAGGCGUGGUGCUGGCGGCGCGAUAGAGAGGAAGAGGGAAACGAGGAGAGGGGAAGGAGUUGAGGAGCAGCAGCUGUCUGUGUUGGCACUGCUGCUGACGUUGUUCCGGAAGUCGCUGCUGGGGUGCAAGCCGGAGGGAGUCGACGACGAGGAUUUCGGCUCCAUGGAAAUCGGGUGCCCCACUGAGGUGCAGCACGUCGCACACGUCACCUUCGACCGGUUCCAUGGAUUUCUCGGGCUGCCUGUCGAGUUCGAGCCGGAGGUCCCCUGCAGAGCCCCCAGCGCAAGUGCAACUGUCUUUGGUGUUUCCACUGAAUCUAUGCAAUGUUCAUAUGAUUCUAGAGGCAAUAGUGUUCCGACCAUACUCUUGCUGAUGCAAAGACGUCUUUAUGAGCAAGGCGGCCUUCGGACAGAAGGAAUCUUCAGAAUUAAUGCUGAAAAUGGCCAAGAGGAAUAUGUGAGAGAUCAGCUAAAUAAUGGAAUAGUGCCGGAGGGUGUUGAUGUGCACUGUCUGGCUGGUUUAAUAAAGGCCUGGUUUAGAGAACUUCCUACCGGGUUGCUGGACUCUCUUUCGUUUGAGCAGGUGAUGCAAUGCCAGACAGAAGAAGAAUGUUCUCGGCUUGCUAGAUUGCUACCACCAACAGAGGCUGCUUUAUUGGAUUGGGCUAUCAAUUUGAUGGCUGAUGUUGUCCAAGAAGAACAACAAAACAAGAUGAAUGCACGCAAUGUUGCAACAGUGUUUGCUCCAAACAUGACUCAGAUGGCAGAUCCUUUGACUGCUUUGAUGUAUGCGGUGCAAGUGAUGAAUUUUCUUAGGAUGCUGAUCUUAAAGACACUUAAAGAGAGACAAGAAUCUACUCUAGAGGAUGCUUCACUUUCUAAUGCAGAUCCAUCUGAUGAGAAUGGCCAUCACAGCCCUCAGCUUCAUCUUGAAGCUCGUCUUAAAGAGGCAACUGAAGAUGUUUGUGUUAUCGAGGAACCUGUUGUGGACAAUCUUGCUGGAGUUCCUGAAGAAAGGCCAACAAAAGAUGAGGAAGCUGAUGGACCACCUCAGACCUCUCAUGACAAUGCUGCCUCUGAAGGGACUGCAGUGCAACAUUCAACUCAUGAACUCUUCUCUGAGAAUUCAGCAUGCCCCGAUGGUUCAUCCGGUUGCCAGGAAUCAGCAGCUAAUUGUUCUAACGCAGUUCAUACAAAUUCGCAUAGGAAAAAGACAGGCCAGUCAAACAAUCACAAUCAUUGGAAGGGCAGAAAGGCAAAGGGGAAGUCUACCAGUCGAGCUUCCUUGUCAGCUGAGAAGUCAAGGGGGACCAGUAUCGCAAGUCGUAUAAAUUCAAAGGUUGAGCUUGUAGAGGCAUGGAGGUGAAACCUGUUCCUUCUAACUCGUAUCUGAUGGUAGGCAUCGGUUGAUUUACUGUGAAUUUGCUUUCGGUCUUUCGAUGUUUCGUACUGUUUGGAACAUGUUUUUUGGUUUCUGGUAACUUGAAAUUUUGAGUGAUCAAAAUGUGCUUGUUUUCUUGUUCAUCUGAGGAACCGAAAACUUGUAAUAAACAGCAGAGUCUACAUGAUUGUUUGCUUAGGAUUCUUGCUUAG